AUGCGCUGCAUAACCUCCUUUUCAAUCCGCUUAAGGCGAGAGGCCGCCCAGUCACUUGAGAACCUCGACCACUGGCCCUUGAAAAACUGCUCGAUGAUUCUCCUGAACUUGAACAGGAUCUCGGGCAAAGGACUCGUCGAGAGAGGCGCGACUGGAAACGCCAACCGACCCCUAGGUCGGCCAGAAUCUUGCAAAAUCAAAGAGGUAUUGCGCGAAAGUAUCUCCGUCCUGGUCGACCUGGUCAUCCAAAUCAACAAGCUGGAGGAGUUCUUCAUCAUGCUAGCCAAUGCCAUCGAUAACAUUAUACAGCCGCGAGCUGAGACCUUCAAACGCGAGAUGAGCAAACUCGGGGGCCGCGCGCGGAAAACCGGCACUAUCAACCCGGACGACAUCACCAAGCAGACGAUAUAUACAUCGACCCUACAGCUCAAAUGCUACUAUGGCGUUCUACAUGACAUCUCGGGGAUGUAUACCUACGUGCACAAUCAAUAUAUCACUACAGGUAUUGACUUGUGCUACCGCCUCACCAAGGGCACAGCGAGGAACAACCCCAUGCCCGAGCUGCAGCAUCAGCUGGCUAAUUAUUCGGAAACAUCGGCCAAGGCGAUCAAGGACCUGGCUACUCAAAAGCAGGAGGAGGUUCGUCGCUCUCUAAGGCUCCGCGCUCUCAAGGCCCUAGAGCAGACACAGGCAAUUGAGAGCGAGGUCGUCAAGAGAGGCAUCCCGAUUGAUCAGUCUGCCAAGGCUGCUAUCAAAGAAGGCGGGGAAGAGCACAAUGCCGAUGCGGAGAGCAUAGUGAAUAACGAUGUGGGUUUGACGGCUUCGGAACAGAUAGACUGUUCAUCCUAUUAG